UCUCUGACCUUCUCUCGAGUGUAGGCUAACCUCCCAAAUCUACCACCAUCAAUCUCUGCUUAUUUAAUACUCGAUUCCAAUCCUAAUCCUACCUCCUCUGAUCCCCGAUCAGAUCAACACCGUACCGCACCACACCAAACAUGGUCAAGGCUUCUUCAAGACUCUUCUCUCUUCUUCUCCGGCUCUUAGCUGCUGCAGCCACCCUCUGCGCAACCGUCAUCAUGGCCACCAGUCAUGACUCCACCACCCUCUUUGGCCUCACCUUGGACGCCAAGUUCCAGUACACUCCUUCCUUCAAGUUCUUCGUGGUGGCGAACGCGAUCGGAUGCGGCUAUAGCCUCGUCGUCCUCUUCGUGCCUCCGACGAGCUCGCUGUCGAGGUUGGUCAUCGUGCUCGACGUGAUGGUUGCGAUGCUGCUGACGGCGGCCAUCGCGGCGGCCGGAGCCUUGGCACAGCUGGGAAAGAGGGGGAACUCGCACGCCGGAUGGCUGCCCACCUGUGGACAGAUUCCAAGCUUCUGUCACCACGUCAUGGGAGCUCUUAUCUGUGCCUUGGUUGGUGUCGUGGCCUACCUUCUUCUCCUUCUCCACACCAUUCACACGGUGCUCACUCCUCUUUUCCCAUGAAGCCCAUCUUAAGGUCUCCCUGUAAAGUCGACCAUAUAUAU